UUCUCAUCUGGGUGAUAAAGUCAAAUCCUUUUAUGAUUGGAGAAAGAGAGUAAAAUACUUUCAAAAUACAAUCCAAUGUUCUUUUCUUUUGUGGGAACUGAUGCAUGUGCUCUGUUUUCUGUGAUUGGGAAGAUUAAGAGCAGCGUUGGCGAGGAUAAUUGAAGGAGAUGGAUAAAAAUGAGUCCACAUCAGAGGGUCUCGAACAGCGCUGACCUUCAAACUACCAGAGGUGGAGUGGGAACCAGGCCUGCAGAGGAAAAGAAGAUGAAAUCUACAAUUCCAAGAAGAAAAACGGCCGUUAUUAAAGCUUUCAGCAAAACCAAACAAAGCAAUGACUAUGGGCCAUGCAAAAUAUCCCAAGAUGCAGUGCUGUUGAUGGAAGCCCACGCUCACCUUACCAGCGGCUUGCAGUCAAAAGAGAGACUUCUGCUGCUUUUCACAGAUUCGCUUAUCAUCGCCAAAACCAAGUCUCUGUAUCUAAAACUGAAGGCUCAGAUUAGUCUCUCAGACAUAUGGCUGGCAUCCUGUAUCCACUGCAUCACAGACAGGAAGCUGACCUCCAAGAAUUCGUUCGUGAUUGGCUGGCCGACCACCAAUUACGUUGUUACUUUCAGCUCAUCGGAAACUAAAGAGAAGUGGUUACAUGCUCUUCAUUGGCACACCUGCAACGCCAGACAAGGAAUCCUGCCAAAUGCUAUUCUUCUCUAUGUCCUGCUGAUUUGCCAGCCUGAUGACAACAAUUCAGCGACUGUUGCUGUGGCAGUGGAUGUGAGCACGACUGCCGAAAAUGUGGUUCAGUACAUCAUGCAGCAGUGCAAACUACUAGGUGAGGUCUCGAACUACCAGCUGUGUGUGAAUUAUGAAAAAGAAGAGGAAACAUACCCCCUCAUUGGCCAUGAGCUCCCAUUCUUCAUUCUCUAUCACUCCUUGAGAAGUCAGCAAGACCAUCUGAACAUGCCCAGCGAGCCCCUGCAGGAGGCGUUUAUUUCUGGCCAGCAGACAGAUGCCUCUCCCAAGACUCCUCACUUCACCCUAAAAAACAGAACACACACUCCUAGGGGUGCGUUGCUGAAACACAAAAGAAAGAGGUCUCUGAUUGAUUGGGCUUUGCGGAGGGGACAUUAUAAUCAGUCUGAUGGUCAAACUGCAUCUCACAAGCUAUUCGGACAGUCUCUCUCCUCCAUUUGUUCUGAUGGAAAUCUGCCAAAGCCCAUCAUGGACCUGCUUUAUCUGCUGUUCUGCGAGGGUCCCGAAACCUGUGGAAUCUUCCGACGUUCAGCAAAUGCCAAAAACUGUAGGAUCCUGAAGGAGAGAAUGAAUUCUGGGCAAAGUAUUUCAAUGCAUGAGCAAUCAGUAUUCGUCUCUGCAUCUCUAAUUACAGAAUUCUUGCGAAAGCUGCCUGGUGGUGUUUUGUGCUGUGAAUUAUAUGAGGACUGGAUGGAAGUGCUGCAGACUGAAGAUCAACAGGAAAGACUUAACAGAGUCAGAAGUUUGCUCACACAGCUGCCGGAGGAGAAUGUUACCUUGCUGUGCCACUUAUUUGGAGUGCUGCACAGAAUACACACUCACUCUGAGGUAAAUCAGAUGACAGCAACAAACUUGGCCCUUUGCAUCGCACCUAAUAUGCUCUGGAGGUCCUCCCAAAUCAGCCAAGAGAAGGAGGGACAGGGCGUGUUGCAGGUCGCCUCGCUCAUCCAGUACCUGAUAGAAAACACGCCUGCCAUAUUUGGAGAUGAUCUGGAGAGUUUGUUCAUCAGGCAGUUGAGUUCGGGUCAGGAAACGCACGAUUAUGCAGAUGGGUCAUUUAUUCUUCAGCACUCUUCUUCAGAGGACACAGACCAAGAUUUUACAGUUUCCACCCAUCUACAGCCAGAAGUUCAUCCCCUUUUUCUCCCACUGGCUGCACUUUCUCUGCAAGAGAAGAGGAGACCCGGGGCCUUAUAUAUUGAUAUGCCGUCAUCAGAGGGCACCUACAGCUGUGGGACUCUGGAUUCCAUUUCAUCUCGUUCCAGUGCUUCUGUAAGCAUGCUGGAGGUUGGGCAACUCAGCCAAUCUCGUGAUCGAUGCCUCUCUGAGCCUUCCAUGUAUUUUUCCUCACCCCAAACACUGGCACCGAAUCAUACUCCCGUUAUCCGCCAGUCCAGCUAUGAUGCUGCUGUAACUGACAGCAGAAAGGAGCAGUCACUAGGCUCUACGGGACUGAGCCCAGAUCAGCAAUCGCAAAACUCUGGAAUAGGUCCAAGACGCCGUCGUUACACUUUCUGGAAGUCUCCGCAGAUCCCCACUCGCUUCCGUCAUCCUGCACAGAGAUUGGCCAGCAUGUCAAGUCUGUCAUCUACUACCACUUCUUCCCUCAGCUCAUUGGAUAGUACACUUUCCCUCAGCUCAGCUGAUCCAAUCCCCAGCCCUCAAGAUCCACGCUCCCGGCCGUUUCUGUUUGGAACUGCUGCAAGACUGCGGCCUCUCACACCUGAAAUAUCCAAAAAGAGCUGGACAAAUACUUUCACUUACGAAGAAGAAGAAGACUUUUGGGGUGAGAGGGAUCAGGAGACCGAAAAUGAGAAAGAAAAUGAAUGCGAAGCAUCUUUUCAUGACUACGAUGAAGAGAGAGGAGUGAAGAAUGGAGAAAGAGCUGAGAGUGAGGAUGCCAUGAGCUUUGAGUCUAUUGGGGAUAUUCAUGAGGUUAAAAGUGCGACUCAAAGCAUGUCAGAGGGUCUUUCUGAAACUGUGUGCAGCUUUGAGUUUAGUGUGAAUCCAUUACAAUGUCAAAAAGAGUCCAGUCUUGACCUUAACACACAAGCGAAUCCUUACAUCAUGUGGACAGCACCGCAAGCCAAUCAAGCUGACUCUGUGAUAAAGGAAUCCCAGGUGAAACAAACCCUCGUAAACUCCUCCACAACAUCACAAAAGCAAUCCAAAACCCAAGCAGAAAGCUCAGCAAGUCGGCUGCAGCUGACGCUUCCAAGUGCACACUCCAACAUGCAGGCCGCAGGUGGGAAGAAAGUGAGCAGAAUGAAAAUCACAUUCUUUCCUUCAGCUGGAAGAAUUAUGCUUAAACAUUCUAAGGCCACGAAUCAGACCUCAAAUACCACAAAGAAAACGCUGGGAGAAGCACAGCGAAAAGUUGAACCAGGGUUCAGUGAAGAAAAGGAGGGAAGCGUACGAGAAUCAGUUCAAGUGCAAAUACCACAGACACUGUUUUAUGGUCAUAAUGUUCCGCUAGUCUUACUUUCUACACCCCCGGUGCAGAUGAGAACACACUGUACUCCCCCUGAUGAUGUGAGUGAGACAGAUGCAGGUUUAUGCGAUACAGCUAAAGUUAACCUUGUCACAACUGAAAUUAGCAAUGGCGUAAGCAGUUACUCAGCAGAGAAUAAUGUUCAGAGCGUCAAAUUUGUUAGUCAUAGCAUGAGCACAGUUGAAGACCUGCACAGUUCUUGCUGUAAUACUGGCACCACUAACCCUGCGGUUAACUUUAGGGAUGGCCAAAAUGUUAACCGGAGUAUAAAGCUUAUUCACUGCAAUGCUAAUCAGAGUGUGGCCAAUCAAAAACCUGCUAGCAAAUCCUCAGCAAAUAUCCGCCAUACAAUCUGUAUCAAGCUUCCCGGCAACAGAGGAGUGGCACAGAACAAGCCAAUACAAUAAUUCUGCUAGUUAUAUAUAGCAUUAUUAAGAUGUUUGCAAAACAUUUGACUGUUUUUUUCUGUGCAAGAACAUGAUUGGGUUUUGAGAUUGCAAGAAAUUCUCCAGUAGAAUGUUUGUUUACUUGCGUAUUUAUGCAGAUAGAUUUUUUUUAACCAUCUCUAACGUUUUUUAAGGAACCUAACACACAAAAUAAUUUAAUUUGGGUCAAAUUUGGACAAACACAAUUAUUCAAUCAUUUGUUCAUUUUCUUUUCAACUUAUUAAUCAGAGGUUUCCACAGGGGAAUGAACCACCAACUUAUCCAGCAUAUGUUUUACACAACGAAUGCCCUUCCAGCUGCAACCCAUCACUGGGAAACAUCCAUACACACUCAUUAACACACAUACACUACGGACAAUUUAGCUUACCCAAUUCACCUAUAGCGCAUGUCUUUGGACUGUGGGGGAAACAAGAGUACUCCCUCGCGAACAUGGGGAGAACAUGCAAACUCCACACAGAAAUGCCAACUGACCCAGCCGAGGCUCAAACAAGCGGCCUUCUUGCUGUGAGGCGAUUGUGCUACCCACUGCGCCAUUGUGAUGCCUCAAACACAAUCAAUAGGUUGAAACCUUUAUUAUUCAAAAUGAAACCUUUAUGACUUAAAAAUGUGGACAAAGAUAGCUGAAGCAUUUCAUGAUUAAAAUAAUGACAGAAAUUUAUUAUGAACUAAAGAGUUAUUUAAAUACUUAGAACACACACACACACACACACACACACUUAUCAUUCCAUCACUGCUGUAUACCUUUUACCUGAGACAUGCUAGAUUUGUCAGCCAUAAAUUGUAUACAAUCUUUCUCCCUCUUUCUUUCCUGAAAGGAGUACAUUUCCAUAGAGCCAGUACCUCAAUAUCAGUAAAGCCAGGCAGAAAAAUGAAUAUAUUGCCCCUGUGCAGGUAAACAAAAUUUUCCCAGGCAUGGCACACAUCCCAUUUGCACACAGCUGAAGUGAAAGUGGGAGGUAAACAAAACCUAAUUUGUUUUCAGUGAAAGUAGGGAAUUGCAUUUGAGAGCAGGUUCAAUAGCAUCAAACCGCUCUCAAUAAGAAAGUGCUUUCAUUUCCUGGGGAAAUUUUUAUAAUUGUAUUAUAACCUUAAUGUGUUUGUUGCUUGUUUUUUCAAAUGCUUGCAUUUAACCAAUUUCUUAAAUUGAGCAGAAUACUGUAGACCGUUAGCAGUGUUUUUUUGUUAGUGUCAAUAUACAGUAAGCCAACUCUGCAAAGGGCAAACAGGAGCAGCAUCUGCCAUAGCAUUUCUGUAUGUUUACACAAGCUGCUCUAUUGAUACUAACAAUUUUGAAGUGGUCUGUUAUCCCUUUAACAGGCUUCGAAACUGCCAGCUUGACCUUUUGUUCAUAGGUUAUCAUUAAAACAAAAGCUUAAAAUGUGCUUAGAGGGAUGUGAGGAACAGUUUAAUCAAAGGAAUUUCUCCUAAAAACAGCUUAGAGUGCAAAAGAACUAGUUUUUGUACAUGUUGUACAUGUAUUUGCAACAUCUUCAUAAUAUAAACAAUUUACAUUAAAGGGAAAUUUCACCCAUUUACUUACACUCUAAUAAUUUUAAAGUUUUAUGGGUUUAAAACUCAACCAAAACGUCCUGGUUACAUACGUAACCCAUGUUCCCCGAAUAGGGAACGGAGACGUGUGUCUGUAAUAAAUCCAAUCACUUCUGAAGAUAAGAAAACGGGCCAAUGAAAUGCCAAUUGAAUUGGCGGAGCUUAGCUCCACAGCUGAAAUUGAUGAGCUAAUUAGGGCUAUAUCAGUCGGCUGUUGGAGUCAGCUCCUCAGAAUUUGCCUGCUGAAGAGCAAAUCACUCAGCUCCCAGCUGGAGUCUCAGGUGCUGUGGCAGUGGAGACACACGUCUCCGUUCCCUAUUCGGGGAAUGUGGGUUACGUACGUAACCAGGACGUUCCCCUUCAUAAGGGAACUUCUACGUGUGUCUGUAGUAAACAGACUUUUGGGAGUGCGUUAGACGACCAAUCACUUCUGAAGAUUCUUAGGGCUAUAUCAGUCGGCUGUUGGAGUCAGCUCCUCAGAAUUUGCCUGCUGAAGAGCUGAUCACUCAGCUCCCAGCUGGAGACUCAGGUGCUGUGGCAGUGGAGACACAUGUCUCCGUUCCCUAUUUGGGGAACGUGGGUUAAGUACGUAACCAGGACGUUCCCCUUCAUAAGGGAACUUCUACGUGUGUCUGUAGUAAAACGCCACAGCAGCCCGUCACGCUCCUGAUGUGUAGUUUGCCAAGCAUAGACUGAGCGCACUGACAUCACCAAAAGUGCAACCUUCCAAUGUCCCCUAAGCCCAAAAUAUUACCAUUCCAUGGAAAUAAUAAGAAUUUAGAUCGGGGAUCAUAUUUAGAUCAUAGCUGGCACCUCAGUAUGUGGGUAGACCAGAUGGGCAUACCAGACAACACACUGAGCCAUGCACUCGACUCCUCCGCUGAGUCAGGUGGACAACAAUCUUUUCACACGAGACAGGGGGUGGCAAAGCGAAUAAUCGCUUAAAUACACACCCGUGAACUCGGUAGGCCAAUAGCGAAUUGAAACGCAUAGCUGAGUCUGACUGCCCGUGUGAGCUCCUAUAACCAGUCUGACAGAGUCCGAAUGAGCAGCAUCACCGGAACUAUCGCUGACCUACCUGAGGAGGGGCAGCUUUGGGAUGGUGAGUGCUCACCCUGGGAAGCAGAGCGUCCCAAGGAAGAGGUGAAAAUAAGAGGUUGACUCUUACCUUCCUCCCAGGAUCCUGCGGAGUGGCUGGAGAUACAAGAAAGGAGCUCAUCCUCUGGCACCCUCAAGCCUGUGGCGCAAUGCACCAAAAGCUGAGAGCUGGAAGGCAGUGCGUCCCGUGCUGGCAGCAAUUGGGCUUCCACAGCCAGAGGGAGGAUAAGCCGCUCUUUUGGGAUUGCUACAUACAUUCGCGGGGGAGCCCCGGCCUCCACCGGAGAAAGAACUGUUCUCCUCCUCUCCAAACGGCCUGCCUCAGGUUCGCUUUGCGGUCCGAGUACUGGACUUAACGGCAACCUGUGACUGGAGCGUCAACUCCCCGUGGAGGGGCUUGGCGCGUUCACUUAGUCAGUGGAACGGACUGUGACGGCGGAGCAUUUUGGAGCUGCGGAAAGAGCACACUCGGCGAGAAACGGCCAGUGUGGAUAGGUCUGAUGGGGAGAGCAGUUUUCCGAGCCCACCAAAAGAUGACCUCCUCCAUUGCGCAUGGCUGAGGAUCCCUGGGUAAAGCUCUCGACGGUGUCACCGAGAAGGCCUACCUGGGAUAUGGGCUCACUAAGAAAGCAUACUUUGUCAGCACGGCGCAUAUCUUCAGGAUAGACAAGGGUGACAUUUCCGGACCACUAUGUGGCCAUUGUCCUCCCCAGGGCACAGGCGGCCAACUUGAAGGUCAUGAGAGCAUAGUUGAUUGCCGUGCGAAGCUUACGCAUAAGCCUGGGGAAGAACCGCCCCUGUGCAGCACAGCCAGGAGGCCGUGGUGCAGUGCAGAAGCGGCAUGGCCCGCAGCGGUGUGGGCUCUGGCCACGAGAGACACAGAUAACCCACCCGCCUUAGACGGGGGUCUCACCUUACCCCUCCAGGUGGCGGCGCCCACCACCUGAGGAAAUAGCUUGUACCCACUGGCCGCCUCGCACGUGGACCGGGCAAAGAAAAAAACGCCCUCUAUGCCAGUGUGUGCUCGCUAUGCACCCCUGGGAAGAAGGGAACGGGUGCUGGAAGAUUCGUCUUAAUUCAGCCCACACAUCACACCCUCUAGUCGGUCAGGCGGUGAGACUGGAGGACCAGCCAUCUCCAGCCGCAUUGUCAAAACAGACCAGGAAGCGUAGCCAUUAUGUCUGAUUCGAGAACCGUGACCUCGCAUUGCACCCUGUAGGGUGGAAGCGAGCCCGAUCUGUCAUCUGAGCAUAACAGCUCGCCCCCCGAUGUCGCGGUGGACCUUUGAUCUCCGGUGUCAUCAAGCGGAGGCACGGGCAUCCCGGGGGAUGAACCGCACAACCACCCAAAGCUUGGAUGGGGCGCGCUGUGGAGGAGUGGGGGUCCGCAGGCCCAGAGGCAAUGGAUAAACCCCCACUGUGAUUCUCAGAUCUGCCCACAUGCUAACCGCUUUCACAGGGAGCAAAGGGGGUGGCUAAAGCCUGCUGUGCAACAGCCACGCCCAUACAGUGAGAGUACGAGCUGUCCGCGGGCACCGCAUCGACAUGCUGGACCCCCAGACCUGUCAUGGGAUACCCGUGCCCAUCAUCCAGAGAAAGGAACUACUGCAUCCAGAAACGCACAGUCAAAACAGCGUCUUAAAAAAGACGUGGUGAUUGACUGUUGCUCUCUUAGGGAAUCUGCCUUUUCAAAUGGAAACUGCUCUUUUGUGCACACCAGCGAAACUCUCAGGGGACAGGAAAUCCCAGAUCGAUCGCCGCUGUGAUCAGGUUGGCAGAUAGCGUGUCUUCAGUCAUGUGAUCGGGUCUGAAGGAACAAUUCUGAGGAGCUGACUCCUGCAGCAGACUGAUAUAGCCCUAAUUGGCUCAUCAGUUUCAGCUGUGGAGCUAUGCUCUGCCAAUUCAAUUGGCAUUUCAUUGGCCUGUUUUCUUAUCUUCAGAAGUGAUUGGUCAUCUAACGCACUCCCAAAAGUCUGUUUAUUACAGACACACGUAGAAGUUCCCUUAUGAAGGGGAACAAAAUAUUCUGAUAAAUGUUGCAAAAAGGCAGUCAUUGACAUCCAUUGUAGAAACAAAUACACUCUGGAAAUCAAUGGCUGAUGUUUUUUUUUUUUUUUUUGGAACAAGUCAAGGGUGAAUAAAUUGUUCAUUUUGGGUGAACUAUCCCGCUUUAAAUACAGUGGGGGAAAUAAGUAUUUAACAAAUCACCAUUUUUCUCAGUAAAUAUAUUUGUAAAGGUGCUGUUGACUUGAAAUUUUCACCAAAUGUUGGUAACAACCACUUAAAUUCACAUUCAUACAAUAAUAAUUAGUUUACAAAUGAAAUUAUGUGUAAUAAAAUGAAAUGACACAAAAAAGUAUUGAACACAUGAACAAAAGGAGGCGUAGAAAGGCAGUGAAAGACUGCUGCAGCUGAAAUCUCUUAGUAGUUAUUCAGCAACCCUCUGCCUUAGGUCAGUGUAAAUAAAUAUUCGCUACUUUAGUCCAACAUCUACAUUAUCAGGAUGAUGAAAAUGAAACCAGGGUGAACGUUUCAGCAAGACAGUGAUCCAAAACACAGCCAAAGAAACUCUCAAAUGCUUUCAAAAAAAGAAAAUCAAGCUGGAGAAUGGCCCAGCCAAUCACCUGACUUAAAUCCAAUAUAUAGUACAAGAUAAAGAUCAGAUUUGAUAGAUGAGACGAACAGAACCAAGAUUUUUACAAGAUUUUUGUUGAAGAAAUAAUAACACCUGAGCAAUUCAUGUGACUUCAUUCUCCAUAUGAGAGUCAUCUUUAAGCUGCCAUCAUCAAAAAUGCCUUUUAUAUAAAGUAUCAAAUACAUUUCAGUAGUUCAGUACUUUCUCCUUGUGUCAUUUUAUUGCUAUUACACAAACUCAUUUUUCAGUUAAUUUAUAUUUUUAUGUUUGUAUUGUUUGGGUUUUUACCAAAAUCUGGUUCAACUCCAUGUCAACAGCUCCUUUAUAAUAUUUUUAUCCAGAAAAAAACAUGACGUGUUGAAAACUUUCCCCCAUAUAGUAAAUACUGUAAACUAUACAAAUGAAAAACUGAUUUUGGUGCCAUUUUUUUCUCCAAGUGGCUGUUCGUUUCUGACUCUGAAUGAAGACACAUAAUUAGCAUGUAAGAUAAGUUGAUAAAAACAGAAAAAUAAUUUGUUAUUGAGGGUAUAAACAGCAUGUGCAUUAGGCAGAAAUGGGGAAGUCAUCAAGAUGGUAAUCACAGUGUGAGGAGGGAGGUAUGAAGUGCUUUGGUGCCAAAUUGGUUAAAUAGCAGAUGUGACAGAGCAUCAAUAUACAAAGAUGGCAGGCGAAGGUGAAGCAGCAGGAAAAGGUAAAGCCCAAGGAAACUCUGUGAUUUGUGUUAAAUGCAGAAAUAACAUGUUAGAAGUACAUUUAAGAACAAGCGUUUAGGAAGUGUUUUACAGGAAUGAGCAUAGAGUAGGUCUAGUGAAAGACAGUUGGUUGAUGUUUGAUAUUUUGGCUCAUGGUUAUGUAGCAUACGUGAUUUGGAGAUAUUCGCUUGUCUGUAGCUGUGAGUGUGAAUGUGAGCCAUGUUUUAGUCUGACCAAAAUUCAGUAUACUAAAACAAUAAGCACCAAAUGACUGUGAAUUGCAGUGAACUUACUGUGUAACAGCUAAGGUAUGACGGAAUGGCUGUCAAGGAACAGUUACAGAUGCAUAGUUUAUGUGUAAAGUAAUUUACAAUAGCUUAGGAUGCAGAUCAACCAAUUCGAAUCAAGAACUGUAGCUGUCAGUUUUUACAAAGUUAUAUACAGUUAUGUUUUAAAAAGGCAAACACAUUAAAUUAAAUUAUUUUAAUGUUUAUUCGUCUGCCUCUGGAAAUGAUCGAGAGUGAACAAGUUCAAAUAAUUCUGUUUUCUGCUAUGCAAGUUGAUACCUCGUUUGUAAAUCAUUUCCAACGACUAAGUAAUAUAGCCUGUGUUACCUUACACUCAAUAAAUAUCAUCACAUGGCAGCCAGUUGCCUCUUUCAACUUUCGCUAUCAGGCCUGUCAAAUACAAAUCCACGUUCGUUUCCACAUCAACAUGACGUCGGAACGACGUUAUACCCCAAUGUCGUGGGAAUGUUACACUUUUUUUGGAAAUGAAAAUCGAGUUGACGUCAGAACCCAAUGUCACACCAACAUCCAAUGUCUAACCUAAAAUCAACCAAAUAUCAACAUCUAAUGAUGUUACAACUUGAUGUUGUGUGGACAUUACCACUAUGACGUCUAUCAGAUGUUGGAUUUUGGUUGCUAUACUUGACGAAUAAAUGUCAGUAUUUGACGUCAAUAUGACGUUGGUUUAAGAUGUUGGCUCAACGUUGGAUUUUGAUCACUUUCCAUCACAACCUAAAAUCAACCAAAUAUCAAUGGCAUUUGACACCGUUAUUGGACAUCAGAAUAACAUUGUCCUUAGAUGCUGGCUAGACAUUGAAUUUUGGUGACCUGACGUCACGGCUUAAAUGUAAACUUAUAUUAAUGUCUUAUGACGUUGCAUGACUGCUGGGUCUUGCUUUUUCUUUGCUUCCUCUGACAAAAACCUUUUAGUUUUUUUUUUUUUUGGUUGGUCUGCCUUUGCAUUCAAGUAGGUAUUGGUUUUACACAGAAUUACAUAAUUUUGUCUCACAGUUAGCUUUAAGCAGGGAGAACAGGGAGAAGAGAUAUAAUUAUACCUCUAUCUCUAGUGUAACAAUGUAAUAUUAAUGAAUCAAGCUAUGACAUCAUUAAUAGACGAAAAAAAAAAAGAAAACACUUUAACUUAUCCUUUAAAAGGUUUUCAUAAUGCACAAAAAAUCACUUUUCUUGUUAUUUGUAAGUUUAACCAAGUUCUGCCAGAAAAAGGGGAAAGUCCAGUAAGAAGGAGAUUUAAACCCUUUUUGUGCAUGAAUAAAGAAUGUUGCAUUCAGUAUAAGAAAAGUAACAGUGCACUUUUGGCUAACUUCACCUAGGCUAUGAAACAACCACAGAAUACAUUAAAGUUAUGCUGCCACUGAGCAAUUUUAGAGACGUUAUUUUAAGGUCAGAUCUUACAUAAUGCUGCUUUAAGGGAUAAUUUGUCCAGUAUGAAAAGUGCUCAUAAUUUACUGACCCCAAGGCCAAUCGACAUGUAGAUUGUAGACUGAUUUCUUAGAAGGUUUUAGAUUUAUAGGCAUAGAUAAUAGUAACUGUCAUUUUGAGAGUUAAAAAAACAUUUCAGGUAAUGCUAAAUUAAAAUCCAUGGCUCCUUGCAAAACUAUUGGUCUGUGCAAGUAACCCGAACAUUAUUUAUUAAAGAUGCCAGACACAGAGAGUGAUGUCAUAUCCCGUUGGCCAUUCAGUUCAAGACAUUCCACAUGCUGAUAGCCCAGCAUGACUGCACUGGUAAUUGGCGAGGGAAGGAUGCUAAUUUUCUGUCAAUUGAGAGAGCUGGUAAAAUGAAGGGUUCAAGGGAAUAGUGGGAUGUGCAUUUAAGCAGGAAGCAGCUUUUUCUUCCGCACAGAAGCAUGAAAAGAACCACCAGCAUUUGGCCGCUAUUCUCUUUUCCACCCCCCCUCUGGUUCUUCUGAAUAAGUUCUUUACGCAUUGCUGAGCUGUAAAUGUUCACAGCUGUUUCUCUCAUCAGUCAAGCGCAAUAAUCUACUUUAUUGAGUUUGCUGAGAGUGUGUAUGCUGUCUGAGGUCAUUAAAUGAGACAACAGGGAUGUAUAGACAGCUGUGAGAUCUUCAACUCAAGUUUAUGUCAAGUUUCCUUUAAUGUUAUUAAUUCACAUGCAGUUUAAUCCUGAUGUUCCUCAUCACUCUAUAUAUACUGAGGAAAAUGAGGUUACAGCAGGUUGAGAGCAAAUUGAUCUACACUCUUUCAUUCAUUUAUUUGACAGAGUUUAUAAGUUUUUGUUUUGUCUAGUUCAGUUGAAAUGUAUGUUGCAUUUUCUUAUCUGGAUAGAUAUCAUGUGUUUAAAAAACAUGCUCGUUGUAUAUUUUAAAACACAGUGUGUGUCAUUAUAAUGUUAUUAAUGCUUUCACAGGUUGGAUAUGUAAACAUUAACUUUUUUAAAUACCAAAAUAAAUUUCAUAGAUGGUUUUAAGAUCUUGA